UACCAUUUCUUAGAAAAUGCAAGGGCACUUUCCUCAAGUUUCCUGAAGACACUGAAGCAGUACCUCCACCAUGGUGUAUGGACAAGUUUUUCACCACCAGAGCAUUGAAGAAGAUCUGGUUAACAUCAACGUUGGAGGUAUCCAGCACAAGGUGGAGCGCUGCGUUCUGCUCCGCUUCCCGAACACGCGUGUGGGUCAGUUAGUCCAGUGCUGUAAUGUCGCAGCCAUACUGGAGCUCUGUGACGACUACAGCCCCGCCGAGCAGGAGUACUACUUCGACAGGAGCCCACAAGUCUUUCACUGCGUCCUCAAUUUCUACCGCACAGGCCACUUUCACGCUUUGGAGAAGCUCUGUGUGUUUUGCUUCAUUCAGGAGAUGGAAUACUGGGGCAUUUGUGAGAUGGAUCUGGAUGCCUGCUGUCUCGAUUGGUUUCUGGAGCGAAAAGACGAGAAGGAGGAGAAUGCGGACUCUGUUCUUGAAGCAUCAUCCGGAGAGGUCUCAGUCGUCAAGGAUGACAUGGAGUUUGAGGGCACGUGGUGCUCAGAUAUGCAUAGGUUACUGUGGCGAACACUAGAAGAUCCCAGUUACUCCAGAAGUUCGAAGGGUGUCGCCGUGUGCUCGGUCAUGGUCAUUCUGACCUCCAUCGUGGCCAUGUGUGUCCGCAGUGUGCCCGAGUUCAGGGACAUUGAUAGUGAGUAUUCUGCACUGGCCUGUUUGGAGUUGAUCUGUGUUAUUUUCUUCACGGUGGAGUUCGCCCUGCGGGUGGUCGCUGCUCCUCGGCCGUGGAGAUUUUUGGGAAAUCCUUUGAAUAUGAUCGACAUUGCUUCCAUCUUGCCUUUCUAUGUCAUCCUUGCCUUCGAAGGUUUGGAUGAGGAGGACACGGAGGACACCCAAGGUCUGGUCAAUAUCGGACAAGUGGUUCAGGUUCUCCGGUUGAUGAGGGCAUUCAGGGUGCUGAAGCUCGCGAGACAUUCAGAAGGCGUGAGAGCUUUUGGGGAGACGCUGAAACAUUGCCACCAUGAGGUGGGGCUUCUCAUUCUUUUCAUGACUGUUGGAAUAUCAUUCUUCUCAACGUUGAUCUACUAUACCGAGAAGGAGGACGCUUCAUCCAAGAUGUCUUCCAUUCCUUAUUGUUGGUGGUGGGCCAUUGUUUCCAUGACAACAGUGGGCUACGGGGAUGUGUAUCCACAGACAGUGGCCGGGAGAAUUGUAGCUAGCCUUUGCAUUCUCUGCGGUCUGCUGGUUGUUUCCGUACCCAUCACCACAAUCAUGAACAACUUUUCUAAAUAUUUUGAGAGAAAUAAUGCAAAAAGGUGACUUUCAGCAUCAAUGAAAUACAAACUUUGCCACCUUACCAAUUGCUUCGAUAUGUUAGUUAUGAUAUGUGACCCUUGACUACAAAACCAAUCCUUAGUAGCACGGGUAUUUUUGUAGUAAUAGUCAACAAUACAUUGUAUAGGUUUAAAUUAUCUAUUUUUCUUUUAUGCCAAGAAUCAUUAGGAUACUAAGUAAAGAUCAUGUUCCAUGAAGAUACAGUGA